CCACAUUCUCUGAGGUGUUUAAAGAGGGUGGAGUAUGCAGUAUUUAUUUAGGUACUCUACAAACCUUAAUAAGAAUCGAGUGCUUGUAGCAAUCGCAGAGAGCAAACAGAAAGCCAGCUGGCAGAAACUGAACAGUGCCACUGCAUUUUUAUUGCUUCUAACCCCCCCAAAACAGAUUAUUACUAAAAAAAUGUCUUUUUUAAUUUCAUUUAUCUCUGAUCCUGCAUUAAUUUGUCUGCUAUGUGCAGCGGUAUUAUUAGCUGUACUCUAUUUUUCAACUGGCUAUAAAAAUUCAGCUUUUAAAUUUCCUCCUGGUCCAACUCCUCUUCCGAUCAUUGGUAACCUGCACUUGGUGGAUCUUAGAAGGCAAGAUAAAUCACUAAUGAAGCUUGCGGAAAAAUACGGCCCCAUCUUCACCCUCCACUUUGGGUUCCAGAAAGUUGUGGUCCUGACCGGGUACGAAGUUGUGCGGGAGGCGCUUGUGAACUACACAGAGGAGUUUGUAGACAGACCAUCCAUCCCAAUAUUUGACCAAAUUCAGAACGGAAACGGUUUGUUCUUCUCUAUUGGGGAGCUGUGGAGAACAACUCGGAGAUUCACCGUGUCCAGCAUGCGCAACCUCGGCAUGGGGAAAAAAAUGAUAGAAGGGAGAAUUUUUGAGGAGCUUCACUUCCUUAUCGAGAUGAUCAAAUCCUUCAAAGGGGAACCUUUUAGCCUAACGUCCUUCAACUGUGCUCCAAUCAACAUCACCUUCGUCAUGCUGUUUGGGGACAGGUUUGACUAUAAGGACCCAACAUUUCUCACUCUCUUAAGACUCAUAGAUGAAGUUAUGAUUCUUCUGGGAUCUCCAUAUUUGAGCUAUUUCAACUUCUACCCAUUCCUUGGAUUUCUUUUCAAAACCCACAAGAUUAUGCUUGGGAAAAUAGAAGAUGUGCGCGUCAUUUUAAGGCAAUACAUGAAGGCAAGCAGGGAGGAUAUCAAUGAGAACAGCGUGAGGAGCUACAUUGAUGCACUGAUAUUCAAGCAGCAAGAGGAGAAAAACAAGAAAGACAGCCUCUUCCAUGAUGACAACUUAAUAGCAUCCAUACUUGACCUGGUCAUGGCAGGAACAGAGACCAUAGCCACAACGCUCCAGUGGGCCAUCCUGCUGAUGAUGAAAUACCCAGAGAUUCAAAAAAAGGUGCAGGAGGAGAUUGGGAGAACCGUCCAAGCUGGAAACUGGGCCACGUAUGAAGAUAGGAAGAACAUGCCAUUUACAAAUGCGGUGCUACACGAAGUGCAGAGGUUUAUCACCCUCCUGCCCCACGUUCCCCGCUGCACUGCUGUUGACACCCACUUCAGGGGCUACUUCCUUCCCAAGGGUAUAAUUGUAAUCCCAUCACUCACCUCAGUGCUGCUGGAUAAGACGCAAUGGGAGACACCACAUCAGUUCAACCCCAACCACUUCCUCGAUGCCGAAGGGAAUUUUGUAAAGAGAGAGGCUUUCCUGCCCUUCUCCACAGGGCGAAGGAACUGCAUUGGAGAAAGCCUGGCCAAGAUGGAGCUGUUUGUCUUCUUUGUAGGGUUGCUUCAGACAUUUACUUUUCAACCCCAGCCAGGAGUUUCAGAGUCUGACUUGGACCUUACCGUCCCCCAAACGACUUUCACGUUAAGGCCUCAGCCUCAGGCAACCUGUGCUGUCCUGCGUGAAUAACCACAGCCCUGCUGAAGAGCAAUCCAACAAGUGGGGCACCUGCUUAGACCCAACUUAGCUAUGCUAGGACUCGCCAUUCCCCCAUCCUGGCACACCACCCUCUUUCACAUCCCCUUCCCACUGUCUCCAUCCACUCCCACUCCACUGCUCUCCACCGCUACAUCUGCCCCAUAGGUUGCUGACCCCCUCUUUGCUCCCAUGCUGUGAGGAGGUGCGUAUGAUCAAUUAGAAACCAUGAUGGUGGUUGACAAACACACACUUCUUCUCAAGACAGAGUGCAUGGAGCUGAUGGAAGGACCACGGAGAUGGUCUGGUGAAGGGAAUGUAGCCCAUGAGUAGUAGGUAUGUCACCCAGGCUCCCAUGGCAAAGCAGUGAGGUUCGUAACAUCACAGAAAUCUGCCCAAAUCCUGAGGAAAGACACACUGCUCUUUGCUGGAAGCCACAGAAAUACACUGUGGGUCACAUACUUGAACCAUCCGUAGGUACCUCCUGAACUUUUCCGAGCUCACUAAAAAUGCAUAGCUUCUAGCAAAAUCCUACCAGGCUAGGCAGCCAAGUCAAACACUGAGAGUGAAAAAACAGAUCGAUUCGUGAUUUGAGGACAAAGUUAUUUCUGCCUUGGAACAGUGUCCUGAAAGAUGCCCCAGAGUCUGCAAACCUAUUUAGAUAAGCAAGUGCUGCUACCACCAAGUUCAACACUGCUCCACAGUCUGAAUGAAAACAAAAUCUACAUUUCCAAGUUUGCAGUCCAAAUCAUAAGGCCACGUGAGAUUUGUACCAGCAACCAAUCAUAAAAGGCUAACCAUACAGAAAAAUAAACUAGACCUAUUUCUAGUUUUAUGCAUCUCUGUCUUUCCUGAUGUUGUUAAAUAGGAGCAAACACUGUUCCUCUCUUCAGACCUCCUGGUUAAUGUUAAGAGCCAACAUCAACAGUCAGUCUAGUAUUUGGGAUGGUCUGGCCACUGGAACCAGCCAUGCAAUUUCCCUGCAAAUGACGUCUAAUUUCACAGUGCUUGUAUUGCACACACAUAUGCAAGGAGAAUUGGGAUCAGGGAUUAGACAAGACCCAGUUUUGGUUGUUUUCCUUUCCGCUGAAGCUUUGUCUGGCUGUUGUCCCUGUCUGUAGCACUCUUACCUGCCAUCAUAUUCCACAAUCUUAUUCCAGUUGAUGUAUAGCUCAGGUGAUUUUUCAUCCGUUUAUCUGCCUGUGAAUUGCCACUUCUCCAUAUGCAUUUUCUUAUCAUGUACUUUAUUGUAUCGUUUGUUUCCCUCUUCAUGGGAGUUCAAUAAAGUUUUAAUCCCA